AUAAUGUUGUUCUCAAACGUAGCAAAAAAGUUUUUUUUUUUUUAUGAAUUCUAUAUUAAAUACAAUAAAUAAAUCAAGGUACUGUAUUUAUUAUCAGGAACCACUUAUUCUUUGAGAGCUGCCGACAACAGGCCCGGUGCACCCUGAACCGGUCCCCAUGCAAACUCAACACAUACCAGAACCAAUAAUAAACAAAAUAACACAAUUCCAGAAACAAGUUAGUCUAUUUUUAAAGUCAAAAUAGUUUGAAACACUGAAAUAUCUUGUCACAUUUCGGUGUGUAAGACAGAAAACAGUAACAAGAUGCGUUUGUCAGUGGUGGCGUGUUACAUUUCAUUGUAAUCGCUCAAUGAAACGCUCAGCCUACACGCAGCAGGCCGUGGGAGCUGACUGAAGGCGAGAAGAAUUAUCAUGCAAAUGCUCUUAAUGCUGCCAACUCCUGAGUUACACUGACAAUUUGGGGCGGACGUGCUCUCCAAAAUUAUAGCCGUCAGUACAAAAGCCUGUGCCACUGGAACAAAGCCAGCUCUGACUAAUAUUAGCACAAUUUAGAGUCCAUUUCAUAUGUAGCCUGUUAUGUAAUCUCUUUUACUCAUGCCAAAUAACACAAUUACAACAGGCGGACAAGAUCCCUGGCUGACUGGUCUAAUGAGGGUAGGGCUGUGCAUUUUUAUUAAACAGACACAUGGAUCAUAAUGAAUGAAUGGAUGAAUGAUAAAACAAACAAACAAACAAAAAAAACAUGUCAGCCAGAUAAGACUUUGAGACUCCUGUAGGCUUAUGAUCCUGUCAGUCAUUCACUUCCUUAUGCUGCUCUUUCCACCUACACACUGCGGGGCUGGACCUUCACCCAGGCUGCAGCCGUCAGUACUUGGGGAGAACUCGGGGUGCAGUCCUGGUGUUGCCCGUCAUUACGCACAGAUCUCACCGUUAAUGAUCCUGACCUACACUGAUCCGGAUUCCUCCUGUUUCUCUAAGACUGCGUGCGGAGUGGACCGACAGACACACAGACAGCAACAGUAAGUAAUAUGAGGCUGAUCUGCUGCUGCAGUGCUUUGCUGCUGCUCGUCCUCGUCCCCAGAGCCUGUCAAGCUGGCAACAUCUUGGUGUUUCCUGCCGAAGGCAGUCACUGGAUAAACAUGGAUAUCCUACUUCAAGCUUUGCACGCGAGAGGACACCAGAUAACUAUUAUACGGUCCAGCAAAAGUUGGUACAUUAAGGAAGAAGCCUCUUAUUACGAUUCCUAUACCAUUCAAGUGGAGAGGACCCUAGAUCAGAAGUUCAUCACAGAACUCGUAACUGAGGCCAUUAAAUUUGAAAGGGGUGCUCUUCCUUUGAUGAGUUUUCUCCAGAUGACUGUAGGAAUGUUCGGCACAUUUGUCGAGGCACAUGAGAGUGUGAGUGACUUUGUGACAGCGAUGCUUGAUGACCAAGACUUGAUGAGAAAACUAAAUGACAGCAAGUUUGACCUGGUGCUCGCCGACCCCUGCUGGGGUGGAGGAGUCAUUCUGGCCAAAUAUUUGAAUCUUCCUUUGGUCUAUAAUGUUCGCUGGCUAAUUGCUGUAGAGGCUCAUCUCGCUAUUGCCCCUUCACCCAUUUCAUUUAUUCCUAUAACAGGAUCUGGCAACACUGAUAAGAUGUCCUUUUUCCAGAGAGUUAAAAAUGUGUUGUUGUACACUGUAAGUCAAACACAAAAUUACAUGGUAGCUAAGCAAGUGUACCAGAAAAUAUCUGACAAAUACCUAGAGCCUGGUAUUGACUUUAACCAGUUAAUGCUGGAAGCAGACCUGUGGCUCAUGAGAGUGGACUUUGUGUUUGAGUUCCCUCGUCCCACCAUGCCUAAUGUUGUGUACAUGGGAGGGUUCCAGUGUAAACCUGCUGAACCUUUACCUGAACACCUGGAGGAGUUUGUGCAGAGUUCAGGAGAACAUGGAGUCAUCCUCAUGUCCAUGGGGACUUUUGUGAGUGAACUUCCUGCUGACUUGACAAAUGAGAUGGCUGCAGCUUUUGCCAGAUUACCUCAGAAAGUCAUCUGGAGGCAUACAGGUGACAGACCAGCCAGUCUGGGCAACAACACUUUACUAGUCGACUGGAUGCCACAGAAUGAUCUUUUAGGACAUCCAAAAACAAAACUAUUUGUGGCCCAUGGAGGAACAAAUGGUGUUCAAGAAGCUCUUUAUCACGGAGUCCCAGUUGUGGGUCUGCCCUUGUUUUUUGACCAGUACGACAACCUGCUGCGCCUGAAAGAAAGAGGAGGAGCUAAGAUUCUAUCCAUCACUACAGUGGACAAAGACGACAACUUCCUGAAGGCCAUACAGGAAGUCCUGAAUGAGCCCUCGUACAGGAUGAACAUGCAGAGACUGUCCAGGCUGCACAGAGACACACCGAUGAAGCCGAUAGAUUCCGCCCUCUUCUGGAUAGAGUUCGUCAUGAGACACAAAGGUGCAGCUCACCUGAGACCGGCGUCCUACAGGCUGCCCUGGUAUUCCUACCACUCUGUGGAUGUAGUUCUGUUCCUGGCCGGAGCUGUGCUGCUCGUGCUUUGUACCAUUUUGCUCUUGAUCAGGUGUUUAUACACUACAAUGUGUAAACGUAAAGCCAAACGUGACUAAUCAUUCAAGGGAUGUCCAGUCUUUACAUUCAGUUUGUAAAAAUGAAUCAAUAUAUAGAUACAUUUUGAUAAUCUUGAGAUUUAUGUAAUAUUUGUUUUAACUGUUAGGGUCAAAAUUUCCACAAUUUCUUACAAAUGAAAUCGCAUUUUGCUGCACAUACUCAUAAUUUGUUUGAUGAUGUAUUUCAUUAAAAGUACUUGAACUAAAUGGAUGCUUUCAUUAACACUGUCCUAAUGACAAAAAUACUUGAAAUCAAUGUAAAUGGAGUUAUGUUGUCCCAAUGGGAAUAUUUUAUGUGCUUUUUUUUAAUGGCAAUGGCAGGAGUGCUUCUUGUUACUGUAGGUGUUAUGAGAAAGCAGAGGCUCAUGGGAGAAGAGAAUGACUACAGUUGGGGUUUAAAACUAGUAAAUUAUAAACUUUAUCCUUAAUUGGUGGAGAAAAAUGUAUAAAUAAAGAUUUUAAAAGCUUU